AGGUGAGUUCAGAACUGACGUGUGGGACGGCCAAAACCCCCCGCUUCCAUAAUGGGUAAUAUUCCGCUGCGGCGCUUUAUGUGGCCUAUAAGAGAUCUUUUAUCAUCACAAGGAGUGCACUGCGAGGAAAAGACCCUCAUAAAAUUUUUGAAGGAGGUGGACCGUGUAGCUCCUUGGUUCCUCCACUCGGGUUCUUUGACUAUUCCCUCUUGGGGGAAGUUAGGACGGGACCUUCGUAGUGCGGGGACUCUGAGGCCAGGCACCCUCCUUGUUCACAACCUAAUUAUGGAGUGCCUGCAUGAUGAAAGCUCAGGCCUGCGUGUAGCGGCUAGCCAAAAAGCCUUAGAUGACUUGCAAGACGCAAGUUCGGAGAGAAGCAGUAGGGGAGGGACCGCGGGAAUAAGAAAAUGUAGAGCUCUAGAAAAGGAAAUGCAGGGAGGGAAAGCGCAGCCCGAUCUGCCUAAUUGUGACCCCUUACCAGAUUUUGACAAUCUUCACUUGUCGGACACUGCUGACUCUGAGUCAGAGUGCGGAGAGGGCCCAGAGUCAGAUGAGGAACUAGAAAAGAAAGAGGUACAAGGCUUUCAGGAAGUAGACAGGAAUGGGCGGUACCGCCCGCCUCCGUAUGCCCCGCCUUAUGAGGAACUAGGCGCUCGCCCCAGGCAGAGAGGCGCACGGCAGGGUGACUCAUUCAUCCACCCUGAAGAGCGAAAAGAGCUGUUCCUUACCUUUCCUGUCUUUGAGAAUGAUAAUCAAAGGGGCUGGGAGCCAGUGAACGCCAAGCAAUUGAAAGAGCUGGCGGAGGCUGUCCGAAACUGGGGACAUGGGGCCUCCUACACCUUAUCUUUGGUAGAGAGACUGGGCAAUACAGCAAUGACGCCCAGAGAUUGGAGUCAGCUCGUCAAGGCAGUACUGACUACAGGUCAGUAUUUAGAUUGGAAGUCCAUUAACCAGGAAGAGUGCAUGGAGCAAUCCCGGAGAAACGCCCAGCGCGGGCAACCAGCAUGGAAUUUUGACAUGCUCACAGGGCAGGGGCAGUGGGUCAACAAUCAGGUCGCCUACCCAGAGGAGGUAUAUGCCCAGAUCAACUCCAUAGCCAUCAAGGCGUGGAAGAGCUUGCCCAAUCGUGGGGAGGUCAAGGGUAACUUGACAAAAAUCAUCCAGGCCCCUGCUGAACCAUUCUCAGACUUUGUAGCUAGGCUAGUAGAGGCAGCAGGAAAGGUAUUUGGGGAUCUAGAUACAGCCAUGCCGCUCAUUGAGCAGCUUGCCUUUGAGCAGUGCACUACGGAAUGCCGUAAUGCAAUUGCCCCUUGGAAGAAUAAAGGCCUUAAUGCCUGGCUAAAAGCAUGCAGAGAGAUAGGGGGUCCCCUGACCAAUAGUGGCCUGGCGGCCGCUGUUUUAGCAGCUCAAGCAAAGCAGGAACGCAAUUGCUACAAUUGUGGCAAACCUGGGCACCUUAAAAGGCAAUGUAGAGCACCUCCUAAGCAAGGGAGCUCCUCUAACAAACAGCCAGGCAUCUGCCCUACCUGUGGCAAGGGGCGACAUUGGGCUUCUGAAUGUCGCUCGAUGAAGGAUAAGGAUGGAAAUCCCAUAGUUCGGGAUCAAAAUGGAAAGCCUGUACCUAAGCAAAAAAACGGAUGGCGGGGCCCCCGACCCCAGGGCCCGCAAAUAUAUGGGGCCAUGCAGGGGAAUACCCAGGAGAGGUCGCUCCUAGCGCCUCCGGGGAGCCAAGGAGAGCCACUAAAGGUUCCGCAGGACUGGACCUCUGUGCCACCACCACAACAGUAUUAACCCCCCUCAUGGGGUGCCAACCGGUCCCAUCUGAUUUUAAGGGGCCGUUACCUGAUAAUACUGUAGGACUCGUCCUUGGCAGGUCUUCAUCAACUCUGCAGGGAUUAAUAAUUCACCCAGGAGUUAUUGAUUCAGAUUUUGAAGGGCAAGUAAAAAUUCUUUGCUCUUCCACUAGAGGCAUAGUUUCCAUAUAUCCAGGAGACCGGAUAGCACAGUUGCUAAUUUUACCUAGCCUCCAUUCUUUAUUCCCUAGUAAA